AUAUAAUUGUAAUCUGUUUUAUUUUCUUUUAAUAAUAUAAGGUGAUUUUGGCAUAAACCACGUUACCUGAAUGGAUAUCAGCGUUAAUUUGAAAAUUUUAUAUUUUCAAUAGUUAAUUAACAAUCAAAUGAGUAUGAUUCUAUUGUUACGAUAAUAUAAACAUUUAUAUUCAAUCAUUCUGGAAGUCAUAUAAUUAUUGGAUUAUAAACGUUUAAAUGUUAUAGAAAAACUUUACAUAUAUUUAUUAUCAAUGUCAUACGCAUUUGAUUUACACGAAAGUAUUUACGGUUCUGAGCCUUAUAAUACAACCAAUUGUAAAAUCUCAUCGAAUCGAACAACAACACAACUUAAACAAAAUGGUUAUGUCAAAAAAUUUCUACAACAAAAUGGUAUGAGAAAAACAAAAAAAAGUAGUCCAUUAAUUUCAGUGAAUGGUACUAGAGGGGGAACAGGUGAACAACGAUUCGAUGCACAAUUUAAAGUAUUGCUACUUGGUAAUUCCGGUGUAGGAAAAACAUCAAUACUUAGAGCUCUUGUUGGUGAAACAUUUUAUCAGACUACUAUUUCAACAAUCGGUAUUGACUUGAUUAAACGAAUAUUCACAGUCGGAAAUCAUCGUAUACAAUUAGAAGUAUGGGAUACAGCAGGUCAAGAACAAUAUCACUCUAUUGUAUCGUUACAUUUUCGAGAGGCUAAAUGUUUUAUCAUCGUUUAUGAUAUAACAGAUAUAGAAUCCUUUGAACAAAUCCGUAAAUAUUGGCUUAGAUCCGUAGAUGAGCAUAUGGAUGAUGCAGUACCGGUGAUUUUCGUAGCUAAUAAAAUUGAUAUGAUAAAAGACAAAAGAGUGUCAACAGAACAAGGUCAACAAUAUUAAUGAGUGUUAAUUUCAUAUCAAAGCUUCAACUAUACGAUCGAGUGAAAUGUAAAUCCAUCGAAGAAAAGAAUGCAAUAUUAUACACAAAAACGAUACUUUUAUUAUGAAAAUAUAUGAAUUAUGUCGAAGAACCCAAAUGACGAGACUAUAAUUUAUGGACAACCUUUUAAGGAAUCUUGAAUGACCUUGAUAAAUUCCAGCCGAUCAGAAAACAAUCGGUAUAGAAUAAGAAUAUAUAGUACAAAACCAAAAAGUUAAAGUGGAUACACUUCUUUAACAUGGUUUAAAGACUUUUCAUGAUUAGAAAGAGACUCGGCUGUUCUAAAGUCGUACUGCAUAGAAUACAGGAAUCAUCCAUGUGACUCCAUAAUAGUCGACCUAUGAAGCUAAAUUAUUUUAUCUCCGAUCACAUUACUUCUAUAUUAUUGGUGUGUGCUACCAUGAUGGGGUCUAAAAAGUGUCGCUUGUGAACGACGAUACGAUGCAUUUAACCAAGUAUAGAUAGGCAUCGAUAUUGCUCUCCAAACAUCCGUGUGUAUUAUGGCACCCGGCUUCAUAUACUCUCGUAGAAUUGGUAUUAUAGUUGUAACUUGUCACUGUUCUUUUUGAGGGGAUCUAUCAUAUAUACCAAUAACCUGAGAAGUAUAUUUUAGGAAGUAAUACUUACUCAGUCUUCUUUAACACUUCUUCCUCGGUUGAGUUCGCGUUUUCUAACGACGGUUUCGUAAAGUUCUACGGUCCUCUCGAUUCCUCCAAACGACUGACCCAAGCCUGCCAUCUUCAUUACACAUGUGUCUCGAUAACACUCAUACUGCUGAACUACUGAAGCUUCAGUAACGUCUACAAAGUUUGCAGCCAGUGUUGUUGAUACAUCUAUGAUCUAGUUCGCAACAAUUAUCGUAAUCUGUAUGAGUGUCAAUCGGGAUUGAGCGAGAAAGUCCCCUUUCUGGAAGACCAUUUUCUCCGAUAUAUAUUACAUCGAAGUUCAAAAUCGUCACGAUAAUCUGCACAAUGUCCAGUAGUUAUUUGAGCACCACGAAUAAAGGAACUCAAUAAUCCCAUCAGUUGUAUACACUAAACCAUAACGUCCUCGUCAAAAUCCGCCGUAAACUGAUCGUACGUGAGUGUUGGGUAAUAAAAUAGGCUCCAUGACGUAUAGAGCGCUCACUCGUCUUUCGUUGCCUUGUUCAUAAAUUACAGUCUUGCCUUUAAGUGCUAGGCAAUAUUAUGUAAUGACUGAUGGUCAAAAACUCAGAAAAUUGUCGGAAUGGAAACUAACUACUAAAUGUUAGUAUGUAGCAUAAAUUAUAUACACUAAAGGAAUUGAACAAGGUGAGGGUAAAAACAGUAUAAAUCAAAUUAAUGAUUAUGUUGUAUAUUAUUAGGAUAGAAAGGUCCAGUAGAUGAGGGAAUAUCUUAUAUACUUAGAGACAUAUUCAUUUGACACGGGGGAAGAAAGUAACUUAUGCUCAAACGAUCAUCAGUUUUAGAAGGGGAAUAGGAAACAAGAACAACUUUUAUGAUAAGUGGAUUUAGUGUUUAGAGGGCAACAAUUAACAUUAUGUAUUGAUUUGUUCAUGAGUACCAAUCAAUAUUUAUAAUACAUUGCCGAAAUAUAUUAAUCGUUACACAUUCACUAUAUCGCUGACUGACUAAACCUAACUAUUUGAAGCUUUUAGUCAGACGUUUUCAAUCCUGCUGACCCACUAUUUACCUUUUUUUACAACAGUGUUUGAAAAUCAACUUACAACUCGGAAAUACAUGUUGUUAUCCAUUGCCAAAAGUCCUUAACAACGUAUCUUGUAAAACUAAUGACUAAUAUAAACGUUGAGUUCUUGGAACAUUUAUUUAGUGGUAAGAAUCCAUUAGUGAUCAAGAAUUUUGACUGUAUUUCAUAGGUUUAUGGUUUCAGUAAUGAAGUUAGAUUAUAAAAUCAUAAUUUUUUUAUUAUUAUCAUUACUGUGCACUUUAGGAGAAGUCCCCUUAAAUGAAUCUGACUAUAAAUCUUAUAUAAUCAGAGAAAUCAUAUAAAUCAAAGUUAGGAAAUGUUAAAUAAUUUGUUGCGUUAUGUGUUCAUUUUCGAUACUGAUACUCAAGCUUCCUGUACGUAAAUCCAACGGGGUACAUGAAUGAAAAGGCUGAGAGUGACAAGGCGUCACUCAACUUCAUGAUCUGAGAUAUUUGUAAAUUACUUACUUUGAAGAUGAUUGCAUGUUUAAAUGUGGUUUUACUUAUGGUAAUUUUUAUUAAAAAUAUUCAGUUUAAUUUACUACUCAUUCGACCCCACUUCUCUUCUCUCCCUAACAUUAGUUGACAUCCCAACAAGCAGCUCAUGGUUUCUUUGAGACAAGUGCAAAAACCGGUAAAAAUAUACAAAAUUUAUUUCAAGCAGUUGCUGAGUGCAUGGUGUCUACAUGGGGUGCUCCUAAACGUUGGUAUGAAAUAAACACUGAGGGUAAUAAUAAUUUUGAUCCAUGGUCAAAUUCGUAUAACCAUCGUCACAAGGAUACAGUUCAACUGGAUCAAAAAAGAGCUCCUAAUAAAGUACAUUGUUGUUUGACACAUUGACGAAUACGUAUCUUUCGGAUAGUGAUGUGGCCUUAUUAUUAACUCUUUUCAAACUAUACUACUAGAAUAUAUGUUAAGUAGUUAAAUUUGUAUUACAUUUAUUCUUCAGCAUCGUUUGAUAAUAAACCUACUCCCCAAGAAUAUUCAAAAUAAAUUAUUUAUACAUCCUUCAAAUAAAAAUGUGUAAAUAAAACAUUUUCUAUAUUACAGAUAGUCCAUUAUGUUUAUUUACAUUCAUUUAAACUUACCAUUCGUUAAAACAUUAACACAAACAUAUGCACAUUAUCAACACAAGCACCUAUGGUUUUUCACUAACCACUCACAAUACACAGCAAUCUCUUCAUAAUAAAAUUUCAACUACCCUAAAAUGAAGCCAAGUGGAGAUGUUUCUUCUCAAUUUAAGUAAACAAACUUUACAAUCAGAUCUCUUUUUAUUGUACAGUUUUUUCAUUCAUUUUAAUAUGCAUAUACAUAUGGAAAUAUGUAUGUGAUGACACGUUAUAGAAAACGUGGCUGCAAUAAAAUAAAUAUCAAGAUAAUUAAUUAUUCAUUGUAAAGCUCACUUUCGUGCCUUCAGUCGUUAUUAUUACUUCUUUCUUUUGUUUAACCAACCUACUUAAGAACGUUAUCAUUUACUGGUUAAAGUUAUUUCUUUAUUUUAUUGAUUUGCAUGUUGGUUUGUUGGUUUGUUUCUUUACUCGGUAACAUAUCUUUUUCCCCUAAUCCUAAUAUUAUUAUAUAUAUAAAUAAAUAAGUCUUCUGAAAGUA